CUCGUCGAACAAGACCGGCAUUCACGCCUUCAUUUCGAAUUCGUCGCAUGCGUAACGGGACAUCGAGAACUCCUUAACGACUUGGACGAAAACACUCUGACCUUAGCAUCGCGGGCGCAUCCCCGGAUUCACAUUAUCGUUGACCUCCUCGAUCAACUCUUCGUGCCUAGCUUGUUUGUCUCGGUCGCUACUAGAGCGAGGAGUACAGGAUGGAGUCCCCCGCGUAUCCAGAAUCGCCGAUGGACCAGGAUGAUAUCCCGUAUCCUUGCAAGGGUUGUGGAGAGAUUCUAGAAGAGGGCAAAGCUUUCGAACUUGCGGGCAAUCGAUGGCACAUUGAAUGUUUUUGCUGCAGCACCUGCGGUACCCUUCUCGAUUCCGACGCACACCUGCUACUCUUGGGAGAUGGUUCGUUGAUUUGCAGCAACUGCACGUACAGCUGCAGUUCGUGUGGGAACAAGAUCGAAGAUCUCGCCAUCUUGACCGGCGAGCAGGCUUUCUGCGCACAAUGCUUUCGAUGCCGGAACUGCAAAAGGAAGAUCGAAAACCUGCGCUAUGCUCGAACCUCGCAGGGUAUAUUUUGUAUGGACUGCCAUGAAUCCCUCAUGCAGCGUCGAAGAAAGAGGAAUCGGAAUGUAGCACCGUCGAGGAAGCAGACGCCGGCGAACAUGAAGCUAGACAAAUCACUCCCUUCCUUGCCCUCGGAGGACCCCGAACCCAUGCCUCGUGGCUCCGACGAGGCAGCUGCCGAUGCGUAUUCAGAUGCAACCCCCGAUACGACGUUGCGAGGAGCUGCGCCUGCGCUGGACGCAGGAAGGGGCAGAAGCGCUUCUGCUACCGGUGCGGCUGCAGAUAAUCAAGACAACCUAAUUCUCCCUUCGAGCACCUACCGAAGCAAUCGACACUCAGUCAUACCCCAACCGGAGGCAGAUGGCGGUGGUGAAUUCUUGAUCCCUGUUGCGUUCGACCCCUCCGAAGAACAGCGGUCUGCGCGCGGACAGUUACCUGCCACAACGUACGGAAAAUCGCCUCAUGGGUCGGAAAGCUCAUCUCCGCAUAUUGCGUACCAGGAAAAGGGCCGGGACCGCGGUGAUCUUGACGCGGCACUUUGGCGUCAGGAUGACCUCGCCAACGGCACAAACACCGCCAGAUCGGCUUCCGCUCGCAGUUCCAGGUCUGACCUGGGUCGUAAGGAGACCAGCACUUUCUCCACUCCCAGCCCCGAAAGCACCAAAUCGGCAACCGUCCAAAGAGAGGGUUUGACCCCAGAGCUUCAGAGAACUGCCAGUGACAAUACCACCACACUUCCGACUCGGCCUUCGCAUGAGCUGCGUCGCUUGCACGAGACGACAGGAUCGGUAGACUCUGCCCAGUCGUUCUUGUCCUCCACGAGCGUGCAGCAUCCAAAACGGGCCGAUUCCCUGGAGAGCAGGCUGCAUCAGCCAUCGAGGAAAGAGCCCGGAACGUCUCCUCGCCCGUCAUCUGUUACCCCCAGCGACCAGUGGAGCGAGCGAUCCACUGACAGGACCGGUGUGAGCAGAAGUACACAUCGGACUGGCGACUCCACGUGGACCCCACGCAGUGAAUUGAACGAUCAGGCUAAGCCCCCCGCGCGUCCCAACUCAAUCAGCACUCUUCAACAGGUAGAAUCCUACCGCCAAACCGACGGUGCGGGUUCUCCCUCGUUGCUGCGGUACAGCGGUGGCGGUGACUUCACCAUGGACGAAGAUAUGGCCCGUAUCAUGGGCUCGGACGAUGGCAACAAUCCACAGACGACGAUACCCGACCUGGCGAGCCCGUCUGUGAUUUCUCCUGAGAAUGCAGGACCCGAGGAAGUGACAUGGCUGCGUAAUGAGCUGCGCAAGGAACGGCAACGCGUGUCUGAUCGGGAACAGAAGAUCGCUGAGAUGGAGGCGAUGCUGAAUGCAAGUGCCGAUGUCAAGCAGGUUAACACUGAACUUCACGAGAAGCGCUCCACGAUGGUGGUCUUGGAUGCACAGAAGGAGAUUGCCAUGCGUGAACUCACCGUGCUGACCGAGCACCUCGAGGCUGAGAAACGUGGCAACGGUGGCUCGCUCGAUCUUGGGAAGCUGACCAACCAUGUCCUGCGGGAAUUUGUGGAAUCGAUACAGAAGCUGAAGGAUACCUUUACGCCACAGAUCGAAGAACUGGUACAGAAACGUAACGAUGCUGCGGAGGAAUUGGCCAACCUGAACCGUAUGAAGGACAAGAGCUUCCAGGAAUUCGAGCAGUUGUCCUCCAAGAACGCUCAACUGGCAGAGCUGAACAACCAGCUGGUGCAUCAGAUCCAAGAGCUCUAUAAGGCCAACCCGACGGACGGUCGUGGGGCUAACGGUCUUGGUAUCUACUCUCAUGGCAAGGAGAAGUCCCUCUCCGCUAUUGAUGCUCUCAAGGCGGCCAACAGUGAUCUGGUUCCUACGGUAGCAACGACAAACAUCUCAGAGGAGGCUGAACCAGCUACAAUUGUUCCCGGUCCCCAAGUGGUUAGCAUCAGAAAGGGACAGCCUCGCAAGUUCAACUGGAAAAAGGGCGGUCAGAACGUCGCCAAGGGCGUCACCAAAGGUCUCAAGGGUGCCUUCAUGUCGAGCGAAGCUACACCCGCUGAGGGUAACCCGGGUCUGCCACGCUCCCAAACGCAGGAUCCAAGUCGCCCCGGAUUUGGCUUCUUCGGCAACCAGCGGAGCAAACAAACGGGACUACGGAUGCCGCAAACCGACAGCGUCCCUGCUCUGGCUGAAACCCCUGCUCCUGGUGCAGGCCUCUUCGGUACAGAUCUGGAACAACGCAUGGAGCAGGAGAAGAGCAUCAUCCCUGCCAUCAUUACCCGCUGUAUUCAGGAGGUCGAACUACGAGGUAUGGAUAUGGAAGGUAUCUACCGGAAGUCUGGCGCCAGCUCUGCAAUUCAGACUAUUCGGGAAGGCUUCGAGCGCUCUCCCCAGGAUUACGAUAUUUCCGAUCCUGACCUCGAUAUUCAUGCUGUGACCUCUGCGUUGAAGCAGUACUUCCGCAAGCUGCCCAUGCCGCUCAUCACCUUUGACGUCUAUGAGAAGAUCAUCGAUUCGGGCGAGAUCACUUCUCAGCCCGCCCGGGUCGAACAUUUACAGAAGAAUCUGCGCGAGCUGCCGCGUGUUCACCAGGAUGUGCUCGAGUUCCUCGUGUUCCACUUGAAGCGCGUGGUCGAGCGCGAGAAGGAGAACCUGAUGACCAGCCAGAACAUCGCCGUGGUGUUUGCGCCAACCAUCAUGCGGCCCGAGAGUCUCGCACGUGAAAUGACUGAUGUGCAGAAGAAGAAUGAGGUUUUGAAAUUCUUGGUUGAGAACUGUCAGGAAAUCUUCAUGGGUUUGCAGGGUUAGAACGCUAUCAGUUUCGUUUUUGAUUGAACCAUCGGCCUAGUCCAGAAGGGCGUGAGGAUGCAAACGGUGCAUUUCCCAUUUUCUUUUGCUUCUCGAAUCGUUCUUCCCACUUUUGGCUAUUGGAGUGACAUCCACCCCAUUCCCAGUUUCCUUUCUUCGUU